AUGAACCGGACAUCUGAAUUAAAGUAUGAACCAAAGAUGAACAACUACGUUUUGAAAGAAGUGAUUGAAACAGGAACAACGAGCUACGUGUACAAGGGAGUGGACAUAAGAACCAAUGAAACAGUUGCAAUAAAAGUCAUAAGCAGGAAGAAAUACAUAGGAAUUGAGAAGAAACAGGCAAGAGAGAACAGAAUACUCCGAGAAGCUCUCAUCUCUUUCCUUCUGAGCCACAGAAACAUUCUCCAGCUAAGGGAGUUUUUCUACACAAAUGAGUGUUUCUACCUCGUCUUUGACUACAUCGCAGGAGAGCAGCUCUUGAAAAAAGUGGUAAAACACAGAAAGCUGUCUGAAAAUGUGGCCAAAAAAUACUUUACACAAAUACUCAACGCUGUGAACUACUGCCAUUUGCACAGCAUAGUCCACAGAGACAUAAAAAUAGAAAACAUUUUGAUCGAUAAAGACGACAACGCUGUGCUGAUAGACUUUGGCCUUGCAAAUUUCUACGAAAAAGAGGGGUUUCUAGGAACAUUCUGCGGGUCUUUGUACUUUGCAGCUCCAGAGCUUUUAUCCGGCAAUUUGUACAAGGGCCCGGAGGUAGAUGUGUGGAGCCUUGGCGUUGUUCUGUACGUUAUGGUCUGCGGGAAAGUCCCCUUUGACGAUAAAAAUUUGCAGUCGCUAUACCACAAAAUAAUAUCAGGUGCCAUUCUAACAGACGGCAUAUCAAACGACUUAAAGUCACUGCUGAUGCAGAUGCUCAACCCGAACAGAAGCACAAGAAUAAGCAUUUCAGAGAUAUACAAGCACCCCUGGCUGUUUGGAUUUGAAGAAAAAGACGAGCCAAAAAUAGAAGAAAUAUCCGGGGCAAUGGACCCCAAUGUUUCUGCAUAUCUCAACUAUCUCUUCGGAGGACAGUUCAAGAAAAAAGAUGGCAGUUACUACAACAGCAUAAAAAAGCUCUAUCUUCUCUUCAAGGGAAAGCAGAAAGGGCGGCUCCUCAGCAACCGGCUGGAUGGGAUAGUAGAUUUUGUCUCGGAUAAAAAGAUGAAAGUAAAAAACAGCUUGAUUCGCCACUGGAGGGGCAUAAAAAGCACAGAAAACAUUCUCGUGGGGGCUCUUGAAGAGAUAAUCCGGGAAAUGGGCCUCACAUUCGAAGUGGCAGCGGGAAGGUAUUUGUGUACAUUGGAUAAUGAUACUUUCAUGGUGCAGCUGAGCAAGAACGUUUUCAACAAAGCAUACGGCCUGGACAUAAAAAGCACGUCAAAAAAUGAAAACGUAAAAACGAUCAAAAAACUGAUGAGAUCAAGGCUCAGACAGCUGCUCCAGCCGGACAAGCUAGUUCUCAUAAACAACGCAGAGUCUGUUCUUCCCAAAUAA